AUGCCGAAAUUGUGGAUAUUUUUGCUGAUCGCCCUGCUGCUUAACUGCUUGGAACUAUCAACUGCGCGUGGAGGCGGAGGUGGCGGAGGAGGAGGUCAUGGUGGUGGUGGUGGCGGUCACGGAGGUGGACAUGGCGGUGGCUUUGGUGGUGGUCGUGGAGGCGGCUUUGGCGGUGGUCGUGGAGGCGGCUUUGGAGGAGGACGACCAGGCGGUUUUGGAGGCGGCAGACCUGGUGGCUUCGGCGGGCCACCUAGAGGAGGAUUCGGAGGACCGCCAAGAGGUGGCUAUGGUCGUCCAUAUGGCGGUGGCUAUGGCUAUGGUGGCUAUAGACCUUAUGGCUAUGGUGGAUUCGGUGUUUUGCCUCUCCCGGUGCCAGUUCCCUAUCCAUGCAGACGUUAUCCAUAUGAUUACUAUUAUUACGACAGUUACUAUUGCUGA